AUGGAUCUUGAUCAUCAUCAUCUUUCUUCGCUACUCCAUUUUAUCUCCACCAUCUUGGCCCUUUUGCUGCUUGUCCACCAUCUUCUUCGGAAAUCAAAACGUGACCAGAAGAAGAGGGAGCCACUAGAAGCUGUGGGUGGAUGGCCUAUUAUUGGCCACCUUCCUCCGCUACAAGCUUUACAACCUCCCCAUAUAACCUUGGGCAACAUGGCCGAUAAGUACGGCCCAAUCUUCACUAUCAGAAUGGGAGUCUACAAAACUUUGGUUGUAAGUAAUUGGGAAAUGGCUAAAGAGUGUUUCACUACCAAUGACAAAGUGUUUGCCAACCGUCCAAAGCUCGUUGCCCAAGAUAUAUUGGGGUACAACUAUGCCAUGAUUAGGUUCAGCCCUUACGGCUCUUACUGGCGACAAGUACGAAAGAUUGCCACUCUUGAAGUGCUUUCGCAUCACCGUAUCGAGAAACUCAGUCACGUUCGAGAAUCCAAGGUGAAAAUAUGCAUUAAAGAGUUGUACGAGCUGUGGUUAAAAGACAAUAGCGUGGUUGUGGAGAUGAAAAAUUGGUUUGAAGAUGUUGCAUUAAACCUCAUAUUCAGGAUGGUCGUAGGAAAGUGA